CGAACCGGUGGUAAGCCAGAGUCGGACUCUUUUGAAUUUCUCAAAGGAUCGUCAAUGAGAUUCGGAAUAACUGUGAACACUUCUCGAAAUGUCUUCUUGGACUCUCCAAACGCGUCGUAGGUCUCACAGGAUCCUACCACUGCACACCGAAUCUACGGAUGCAAAAAGAACAUCAACCGCACCACGGCACCAUGAUUCCAGAACAUCUCAGUCUUUGCGUAGUUUCCCCAACACCGAUGGCAGAAACAACUCGCUCACUAGUUUUGAUCGGUUGUCGCCAGAGGACGAUUCUUUGAAGCGAUCCAAAAAGGCAAGGUCCAAAAGGAUUUCCCGUUAUCUUGUGGGUUGUUUCUCUCUCCUCGUGAUACUCGGUAAAUUCACUACCAACUUCCGAGGCCAGUCGUCGACUCAAGAUGUGCACUUCACCAGUACCCAUGGCUCUGUCAAAGCUUCCCCAGAUGCGGUUUUUUCAGUCAACGGAACGUCAUCGUACAAAUUGGAUACGUUGCCAUUGAUACCAGAGGAUCAUCACCGCCAUAAAGUUCCCAAUAUCAUUAUAUUUACGCACUAUCGAGACUUUCUCCACGAAGAUCUUCCUUACUCCAUGCCAAAUGUUUCAGCAGCACACCAUCAACGCUCACAUAACCUGACAGAAGAUCAAAUUGAGUUACUGGCCUUGCAGGCAAACGUCCGAGCAUCGGCCAGCUUACACCCAAAAGCACAAGUAAGAUUUCUUACCGACAACGACUGUAUCGAGAGCUUGUCUCACCUCCUUGACAGCGCCGAAGACAAUGCUGACUUGGUAGCGUACUUUCGGCGGGAAUCUAUUGGCAUGUUCAAAGCUGAUUUGUGUCGGGGAGCUGCGCUCUAUGAAACCGGAGGUCUCUACUUUGAUGUAGAUUUGGGCGUCCGCCAGAACGUCUUUGAAGUUCUGAAGGAGACCACACGUUUCGCAACCGUUUUGGUUCAUUCUGCUUCUAAUCACAAGGGAUCCUUCUUUCAGGCCUUCAUCGCAUCGACCCCGCAACAUUUUGUAUUGAAACGCUACAUUGAACUGUUCUUGUCCUAUGCACGACACGAACUAGAUAUCGAUGGUCCGCUAGGCGUGAUUCUACUACAACGCGCGUACAAUGAAAUGGUGGAGGAGCGACCGGACAUUGUCGAUUCGACAGAAUUGUGGCAGGAAGUCAUGUACAGACCAGGAUUUCAAACCAACAUCCUGAGUGAUGUGCCGCCCCCAACCUGGGGCUAUCGGCGAGCCUGUAAAUUCAUCGUACUUGCCAACAAGGCCCUGCCGUUGCGGGUACCUUUCUACAGUCGUAUCGCUGGUUCACGCAUGUGUCCAUUCGGAUUUGAUUCACGGUACAAGACAAAGCCGAAGAAGAAAAAGACUGGGAAGAAAGCUAAAACCACAACAUCCGAAAGCGACGACAAUCAGCACCACUUCGAAAGAAUCAAUCGCAAAUUCGCAGCGGGCAGCGAAAAACAAUUUGAUGAGCUAUGGAUGAAUCAAAGCAACUUUAGGACCAAGAACAGUGCUUUUGUCGAAGAGGAUGAGUAA